UUACUGGCGGCAGGCACUCCGCCUCCCCGGCAUGGCGUCACGGCGGCGCCGGAUGCGAGCCGAGCCCUUCCGGGCGGCUGUUGGGAGCCGUUGGGAGCCGUUGGGGCCGGUAAGGCCGGUGCCCCGCUGUGGAGAAUGUCCGGCAGCUUCUACUUCGUGAUAGUCGGCCACCACGACAACCCCGUCUUCGAGAUGGAGUUCCUGCCUCCCGGGAAAGCAGAGUCCAAGGAUGAUCAUCGCCAUCUCAACCAGUUCAUUGCCCAUGCUGCUCUUGACCUAGUAGAUGAGAACAUGUGGCUUUCUAACAACAUGUACCUGAAGACUGUGGACAAAUUUAACGAAUGGUUUGUUUCUGCUUUUGUCACGGCUGGACAUAUGAGAUUUAUAAUGCUUCAUGAUGUAAGACAAGAAGAUGGAAUUAAGAACUUCUUUAAUGAUGUAUAUGAGUUGUAUAUAAAGUUUGCAAUGAAUCCAUUUUAUGAACUCAAUUCACCUAUUCGAUCCAGCGCUUUUGAAAGGAAAGUGCAGUUCCUUGGGAAGAAACACCUUUUAAGCUGAAAAAAUAGCUUUCCUGAGUGAGUGCUUUUUCGUACUUUCCUGAUUUGAGCUGUAGUUCUUCUGGUUAGUUCCCAGCAUGUUUGAUACUCACCUUUCUGAAGACUGACAAAUUGGAUGCUGAAGAAGCUUUUUUUGCUGAUACAGAUAAAACAGCCAGCUGCUCUGGUUAAAAAUGUACCUUUAGAAGUUUUCAUUCUGUCUUAGGAAAACUAAGUUUUAAGAUGUCUGAGCUGAAUAGGUACAAAGAGAGACAUAGGUGUCAAUGCAUGUGCAAAAGAUAAGCCUCUUUCACAGGGUGGGAGGAAAUCAGAUCUAAACUUUAGAUAUCUCUAGUCAUUUAAUUUAAUAUGAGCAAAAGGGAUUUUUGGAUUGUUUGGCCAAAGUGGUUGAGUUUUGCUAUAAACCUUUCUACUUAGAGAGUCCUUUGCUAGAGAACUCACUGCAGACUAACCAGACUAACCUUACUGUUCACGGUAUUAAAUAAGGUCUAUGUUAAUAUUGCAAUGUGUAAUAUAUUUAUUAUGAAGUGCUAAAUAAAAAGGAUCCAUCAGCAAAGCUUUGUCUUUGGUAUUUCAGCAAUUUUAAAGUAAAAACUUGCACGUUUUAAAGCUUAAAAUUGCAAAUUUAUCAGAUGUUUCAUGCAAUAUGUGUCUAGCUGCAGUGUUGCAUCAAUGAAGUUAUUAAAGUAGAUCAAAACAGCUCUCUCUGGCCUGACUUUAAAUCUAAUUCAUACGUGGGGGGGAACAACACAACUAAACUUACGCAUUCCAACCCAUGUUAUUUCCAUUAUCUUUGCAAGUGCUGAAAUAUUCUUUUUGAAAAUAUAUUUAGACUAGGAUCUUCGAACCAUGAGACUGUUUGAUGAGGGUUUCAGAAAGGCAUUGUUUGGCCUGUCUGGCUACGAUCACAUUGUAAAAUGUGGUUAGGUGGUCUUCUGCGAAACUUACCCUAGUUACAAAAUAGUCGUUUUUUAAUGGGUCAUCUAGCAUAUAUGUACCUACUAUCUUGGUUGAUUUCACCAUCUUUUACAUAGUCUGUUUCUUUAUGCAGCAAAUCUAUAUGAACUAUCUUCUUGGACUUUUUUUAAUGUUUAAAAUGGGAUUUCCAAAGGAAGUGGCAUGCCGUUCUAAAAAGUACAUUUUAUAUAGUUUGUAUAAUUAAGGGGACCACGUGUAUAGGUACUUUAAAUGUACACUCAGCCAUUAUUUCUUUGUAAUCUAUGUUUACUGCUAAAGUGUCAUUGUAAAAUAUUCCAUAAGAAAAGCAACACUAUGCUAUAUGUAAUUUCUGAUACUUACCUUAAAUAAAGUGUGGAAUAAUGCAGUAUGGA